AUGUCUCUGUCUCGAGAAAUGUCCCCCGAUCCCAAGACCAAGAUUCGUCCUCAGCAAUCCUGUGUGCGAUGUCGUGAGCGCAAGGUUAAGUGCGAUCGUUCUAGACCUUGUCAGGCAUGUAUUAUCCGUGGCCUCGAAGCAGAAUGUACAUACCUCGCAACUGCCGAAGAUCAUGCGCAAAUCAACCAGGCCGAGAUCAUCGAUCGCUUGCGCCGUGAAGUUGCGCAGCUGCGGGGACAAUUGAAUCAGGGUCCUCGACAGGCUCCUAGUCCCGGAACCGUUCGUCGACGACACGAUUAUGCGCGAAAAUAUGGAGGAGGCGCUGCUUCAAAUGCCAGUGCCAGUGCCAGUGCCAGCAGUAGUCGGAAUGGAUAUGCGGGGAAUCGCAUGGCGCAAAGGCAGAGUAAUGCUGGUGGAAGUGUGAAUGGCGUCGAGAACGAAGGGAGCUGGGCUGGUUCCUCCCCCAGUUCGUCCACGACUACUAUGACCAAUUCUAAUUCGGUGACGAUGACCAGCCCCGAUAGCACAGGCAGUGAGAAUGGUUCUACCAGGUUCUCGUAUCCGGCGGCUGGACCGUAUGGGACGAGUGUCGUCGCCGAGGCCGAAGGCGCGGGCGCAUUCGGCGAACUCAGCUAUUCAACCAAUUCAGACGAAGUGACUGUGGCCUACUGCCAACCCGAACUUCCAACCUUCGGCGAGAUCCCGUCCUCGGCUCCCUUACUGCAAGGGAUUGUCUCCCAACCAAUCAUGCAUCCAGACGCCUCACAAUUCCAGGGGAUCUCCCCCAUGCAGCUGAACGGGCCGUACGGGGACGCGCAGAGCUAUAUCUACGAGAAACCAGACCCUCAGUCACAGUCACGACCACAACCACAUACAUAUCCAUGGGGUCAUGAUGCAAUGGGAUCGCAAUUCUCGGCUCCUUAUUCGGAUUCCUCUUCACACCUAGCCUCUAUCAAUCCCUUUGAUGCACAAGCAAAUGCACAAACCACAUCACCACCGAAUCCGAAUUCGAACUCGUUAUUCCAAACCCCGCCUGCACCACCACCGAUUAAUCAACAUCAACAACACCCUCAUCAUCACCAACACCAACUGGACCCACUCCAGCGAGAACUCACCCCAAAUCCAAUCGAUUCUAUCCCAGACUCUUGGAAGAUAGAAGGGAAAGAAGAGCUUCUGGAGACCUUACUCCAAACAAUCAGCAGCUGCGACGAGAAAUCCGUUGCGCAAGUCGUCAGCGUUGUGAGAGCCAGUGCCACGCCUGAGGCGGCUGUCUCGGGAAUAUGCCAAGUUCUAGGGAUCAGCGGGAUCAGCGGCCAAUGA